AGCUGGAAAACUUCUUGAAAACUCACAAAACCAAAAUGAAGAAGAAAGCAAAAUAUAUUUUUGAGGGCAACAAUGAAAAUGACACAGAUCUCACGGCUGUUUACACAGAACUGUUCAUCACAGAGGGAGAUAUGAAAGAUGUCAAUCAGGAACAUGAGAUUCUAAAGAUUGAUGAUGCUCUAAAGACCCAGAAAUCACAGGACAAACCAAUCAAAUGUGAAGAUAUAUUUAAUGAACUGAGGAAAAAGAAUGAGGAGAAGAUUGUGCUGACCAAGGGAGUUGCUGGCAUUGGGAAAACUGUUUCUGUGCACAAAUGCAUCCUGGACUGGGCAGAAGGAAAAACCAGUCAGGACAUAGACUGUGUGUUUCUGCUUCCAUUCAGAGAGAUCAACAUGAUUAAAAACAGAGAGAUCAGUUUCCAUGAGUUUCUGCUGGGAUUUUAUCCUGAAUUGAAGGACCUGGAGAAAUCAAAGUCAUAUACAGAAUCUAAACUUGCAUUUAUAUUUGAUGGACUUGAUGAGAGUCGUCUGCCUCUGAAUUUUAAAAAUAGGUCACUGAACACUGUUGAUGAAAGAUCAUCUGUAGAUGUGCUGUUCACAAAUCUGGUCUGGGUGACCUCACGACCAGCAGCAGUCAAUCAGAUUCCUCAUCGAUAUGUAGGUUUGUUCACUGAGGUGCGAGGAUUCACUGACCAACAGAAGGAGCAGUACUUCAGAAAGAGAAUCAGAGAUAAGACUAUGGCCGACAGAAUCAUCUCACACAUUAAGACGUCUCGUAGUCUCUACAUCAUGUGCCACAUUCCUGUGUUCUGCUGGAUCACAGCCACAGUACUUCAGCAUAUUCUCAUUGAAACCAAUGCAGAGAACAUCAGCACAACACUCACUGAAAUGUACAUCCACUUCCUGCUGAUACAGAUGAACAUGAAGAACCAGAAGUACGAUGGAAAAAAACAAAGACAAUGUACAAAGCUCUUACAUUCAAACAAAAAAAUUAUUCUGAAAUUAGCCAAGCUAGCAUUUGAACAGCUGAAGAAGGAAAACAUUGUGUUUUAUGAGGAAGAUCUGAAAGCAUGUGGUAUUGAUGUGAGUGAAGGCACUGAGUUCACUGGAAUGAUUGCUGAGAUCUUUAAGAAGGAAAAUGGACUUUAUGAGACAAAGGUUUUCAGCUUUGUGCAUCUGAGUGUUCAAGAGUUUCUCGCUGCAGUGCAUGUGUUCAUCUGUUACCUGAACAAGAACAUGCGAGAGCUUCAGUUUUUCUUUGAAGAUUCACAAACUACAGUCAGACAAAAGCUUCAGCUCUUCUUUAAUGUCAAAUUUCAUGAGUUAACAAAGAGUGCCACUGAUAAAGCAAUGCAGAGUAAGAGAGGACAUCUGGACCUGUUCCUGCGGUUUCUGAUGGGAAUUUCACUGGAGUCCAGUCAAAACCUGCUUGAAGGCCUGAUCACACAAACUCAAGACACCACAGAGAGCAUCAGACAAACAACUGAAUACAUUAAACAAUUACAAAACAAUAAUAUCACAGAUGAAGCUUCAGUCAACCUAUUCUACUGCUUACUUGAGCUCAAAGAUCAUUCAUUAUAUGAGGAAAUCCAGAGUUACCUCAGUUCAGAUAAACAUCCAGGAAGAGAACUCUCAUCUUCAAUGUGCACAGUGCUGACCUAUGUACUGCUCAUGUCAGAGAAGGUGCUGGAUGAGUUCAACCCAAAGAGGUUCACAUCAUCACAAGAAAAUUACAAGAGACUCAUUCCAGCUGUGAGAUGCUGCAGAAAAGCCCUAUUUGAUGGCUGUGGUUUUGAUGAAACAUGCUGUGAAACUGUGUCUUCGGCUCUACAAUCGUCAAACUCUCAUCUGACAGAGCUGGAGCUGAGUAAUAAUCACCUGCAAGAUUCAGGAGUGAAGCUGAUUUAUGAUGGACUGAAGAGUCCAAACUCUAAGCUGGAGAUGUUGAGGCUCUCUGGGUGUCGACUCACUGCUCAGUCCUGUGAGAGUUUGUCUUCAGCUCUACAGUCCUCAAACUCUGUCCUGAGAGAGCUGGAUCUGAGUAACAAUGACCUGCAGGAUUCUGGAGUGAUGCUUCUUUCUGAAGGACUGAAGAGUAAAAACUCUAAGAUGGAGAUGUUGAGAUUGUCCACAUGUAAUCUCACUGCUCAGUCUUGUGGGAGUUUGUCAUCAGUUUUGAAAUCCUCAAACUCUGUCCUGAGAGAAUUAGACCUGAGUAACAAUGACCUGCAGGAUUCUGGAGUGAUGAUUCUUUCUGAAGGACUGAAGAGUCCAAACUGUCUGCUGGAGAUACUGAGGUUGUCUGGCUGUAUGGUGACAGAGGAAGGCUGUGGUUAUUUGUCUUCAGCUCUGAGUUCAAACCCCUCACACCUGAGAGAGCUGGAUCUGAGCUACAAUCACCCAGGAGAUUCAGGAGUCAAGCUGCUCACAAAAAAACUGGAGGAUCCAAACUGCUCACUGGACAAACUCAAUGUUGAUCAUGGAGGAGAAUCCAGGAUUACAGCAGGACUGAAGAAAUAUGCCUGUUUUCUCACACUGGAUCCAAACACAGCAAACAAUGUACUCAGUCUGUCUGAGGAGAACAGAACGGUGACACGUGUGGAUGAGAAUCAGCCGUAUCCUGAUCAUCCAGACAGAUUUGAUUAUUAUCGUCAGGUGUUGUGUAAAGAGAGUGUGUGUGGACGCUGUUACUGGGAGAUUAAAUGGAGUGGAUGUGUGUUAAUAUCAGUGUCAUAUAAGAGCAUCAGCAGGAAGGGACGGGGUCAUGAGUGUUGGUUUGGAUUUAAUGAUCAGUCCUGGGGUUUGUUCUGCUCUCCUGAGAGAUUCUCAUUCAGAUACAAUGACAUGGUGACUGAUCUCCCUGUGAAGCCCAUCAGCAGGAGAAUAGGAGUGUAUGUGGAUGUGAGUGCAGGAACUCUGUCCUUCUACAGCGUCUCUGACACAAUGAGUCUCAUCCACACAGAACAGACCACAUUCACUCAGACACUCUAUCCUGGGUUUUUGGUUUAUUCUGGAUCAUCAGUGAAACUGUGUUGAUGAAUGAGAACAGACUGAUGAGAGAUUGUACCCAUAAUGCUUUGAGCUGAUGAUGAAUCAGUAACAGUGAGAUGUUAUAGAGUCUCUUCAUCACAUGAAUAUGAACAUGAAUCAGAAUAAAUGUGUGUGAUAAAUCCUCAUAUAGACAGUAAGAUCAGUGUGUGUAAGUAUAUUUGUGUUUUAUUGUCGUGUCUCAUCAAUCAUUUGUUUUAUUAUGAUCAAAAUCAUCUGUUAGUUGAAUACAAACAUGAUUCAUGAACAUGUCAUUCAUUUCUUUCUAUUGUUUUUGCACAUAAAUAAUAAAACACAGUCACAAAUCAACCUGAAAUCAGAUUUUAAUUGAUGUUUGUAUCAUAAUUAUAAUCAAUUCCUCACAAGACUGAAAUGAGUUUGAAAAUUAACAUGUUUUAAUCACAGUAU